AUGUCUUCUCUGUCGAACCAACACUCUUCCAACCCGUUUGCAGAGUACGGCGAGCUCUGCAAGGUUCCCGUGAUGUCAGACGCCAGGCCAGCCCAGCCCUGGGACUGGCAGGGCAUGGCCAGUCCCAUGGGUCUCAUGGUCAGUGGUCCUCUGCCGACAGAGGGACUCACGGAUGAAGAUAAGCUGUGUUUCUUUGAGCGACCUGUUGGAGGAAGCGGCGAUUUGAAGGUUCCCAGUCGGAUGUCAGGCAUGUCCAUGAGCCCCUCUUUGGGAAACGCAUCCCUCGGAAGUGCUGGAGAGAGUCCGGACAGCCUUUAUUCUUCCCCAGCGCUGGUGUCCUCCCAGGCCGGGUCGUCUCCUUCCCCCAGAGGUCCGACUGAAGGCAUCUCGCCGUCAGAAUCCUGGGAUCACUCUGACUUCCCCCAGUCCAGCCCCAAGCUCGCCAUGCCCCAGGUGGGUUCCAAGUAUCCCCAGAUGGAGUGCUCCAGAGAGGACCUGUUUGGAGCGGAGUCGGCCGGUCGCGUGGUCGAAGGUUCCACGGGCGACAAUAGUGAAGAAGAGGAGGAGAUGGAUGACGAGGAAGAAGAGGAGGAGCUGCAGGAGGAGGAGCUGCAAGAGGAGGAGCUGCAGCCGUGUGUGAUGGGUCGCGCUCAGUCGCAGAGGAGAGCCAUGCGCAGGGCUCUGUCAGAAUGCACCCAUCUCUCUGUUCCCACCACUUUAGUUCUGUCUGACAUGUACCCCGCCCUGGAGCCCUCCGCCCACCUCCUGUCUCCUCUGGGCCCUCAGCGGCGACCUCCUCACAUGCAGCGAUCUAUGACAGUGGCUGAGGAGUCCACGCCUCCUCCUACGCUCUCCGCAGCAGGAGCCACACACACAGACUUACGGCGAUCUCCACCCGAGGAGAGAGCGCACCUGUGUCCUCUGCCUCCGCUCCCCGAGCACCUCCUUCCUCCUGCAGAGCUCCGACAGCACCUCCUUCCUCCUGCAGAGCUCCCACAGCACCUCCUUCCUCCUGCAGAGCUCCCACAGCACCUCCUUCCUCCUGCAGAGCUCCGACAGCACCUGCUUCCACCUGCAGAGCUCCCACAGCACCUCCUUCCACCUGCAGAGCUCCCACAGCACCUCCUUCCUCCUGCAGGACCAGCACUGGGAGGGUUCAGGGCGGAGAGAGAGGCAGCCGGGGUCGUUCUGCCGAUUCCCUCAGGGUUUGGGGAUCAGGAAGAAACCAAAGAAACCAAAAUACCAAAUAUCUACAACCAGGAAGUGGGAGACGUUGUUGGGUUUGACUUUAGGGGCCGAGAAAGAGACUUUGAAGACGACUACAGCUGCUCGAGCACGAACCCAAACACUGACCCUUUCAUCACGAAGGACGGUAGGCACCAGGAGAAGGACAGGGGUGAGGUGGUUGCUUCAGGACAGGGGGGGUGGGGUUGCUUCAGGACUGGGGGGAUGACAGGGGUGAUGUGGUUGUGUCAGGACAGGGGUGAUGUGGUUGCUUCAGGACAGGGUGAUGUGGUUGCUUCAGGACAGGGGGAUGUGAUGUGGUUGCUUCAGGACAGGGGGGAUGUGGUUGCUUCAGGACAGGGGACAGGGGUGAUGUGGUUGCUUCAGGACAGGGUUGAUGUGGUUGCUUCAGGACAGGGGACAGGGGUGAUGUGGUUGCUUCAGGACAGGGGUGAUGUGGUUGCUUCAGGACAGGGUGAUGUGGUUGCUUCAGGACAGGGGGAUGUGAUGUGGUUGCUUCAGGACAGGGGGGAUGUGGUUGCUUCAGGACAGGGGACAGGGGUGAUGUGGUUGCUUCAGGACAGGGGUGAUGUGGUUGCUUCAGGACAGGGGACAGGGGUGAUGUGGUUGCUUCAGGACAGGGUUGAUGUGGUUGCUUCAGGACAGGGGACAGGGGUGAUGUGGUUGCUUCAGGACAGGGGUGAUGUGGUUGUUUCAGGGCAGGGGGGAUGUGGUUGCUUCAGGACAGGGGUGAUGUGGUUGCUUCAGGACAGGGGUGAUGUGGUUGCUUCAGGACAGGGGACAGGGUUGAUGUGGUUGCUUCAGGACAGGGUUGAUGUGGUUGCUUCAGGACAGGGGACAGGGGUGAUGUGGUUGCUUCAGGACAGGGGUGAUGUGGUUGCUUCAGGACAGGGGACAGGGGUGAUGUGGUUGCUUCAGGACAGGGGGGAUGUGGUUGCUUCAGGACAGGGGACAGGGGGAUGUGAUGUGGUUGCUUCAGGACAGGGUGAUGUGGUUGCUUCAGGACAGGGGGAUGUGAUGUGGUUGCUUCAGGACAGGGUUGAUGUGGUUGCUUCAGGACAGGGGGGAUGUGGUUGCUUCAGGACAGGGGUGAUGUGGUUGCUUCAGGACAGGGGUGAUGUGGUUGCUUCAGGACAGGGUGAUGUGGUUGUGUCAGGACAGGGGGCAGGGGGGAUGUGGUUGCUUCAGGACAGGGGUGAUGUGGUUGUGUCAGGACAGGGUGAUGUGGUUGCUUCAGGACAGGGGGAUGUGAUGUGGUUGCUUCAGGACAGGGACAGGGUUGAUGUGGUUGCUUCAGGACAGGGGACAGGGGUGAUGUGGUUGCUUCAGGACAGGGGUGAUGUGGUUGUGUCAGGACAGGGUGAUGUGGUUGCUUCAGGGCAGGGGGAUGUGGUUGCUUCAGGACAAGGUGAUGUGGUUGCUUCAGGACAGGGGGAUGUGAUGUGGUUGCUUCAGGACAGGGUUGAUGUGGUUGCUUCAGGACAGGGGGGAUGUGGUUGCUUCAGGACAGGGGUGAUGUGGUUGCUUCAGGACAGGGGUGAUGUGGUUGCUUCAGGACAGGGUGAUGUGGUUGCUUCAGGACAGGGGACAGGGGUGAUGUGGUUGCUUCAGGACAGGGUUGAUGUGGUUGUUUCAGGACAGGGGACAGGGGUGAUGUGGUUGCUUCAGGACAGGGUUGAUGUGGUUGCUUCAGGACAGGGUGAUGUGGUUGCUUCAGGACAGGGUGAUGUGGUUGCUUCAGGACAGGGGACAGGGGUGAUGUGGUUGCUUCAGGACAGGGGUGAUGUGGUUGCUUCAGGACAGGGGGGAUGUGGUUGCUUCAGGACAGGGGUGAUGUGGUUGUGUCAGGACAGGGGUGAUGUGGUUGCGUCAGGACAGGGGACAGGGGGGAUGUGGUUGUUUCAGGACAGGGGUGAUGUGGUUGCUUCAGGACAGGGGACAGGGGUGAUGUGGGUGCUUCAGGACAGGGGUGAUGUGGUUGUUUCAGGACAGGGGGGAUGUGUUAAAGCAGAAAAGGUAGAGAAAGAGGAGAAGAAAGAUGAAAUCAAGAAAGAGGAGAAACCUGUGGAGAACCUGAAGACGGCUGGAGUCCUGGGUCCAUUCGAUGAAGUGAGAAACAAAGGCGUGACUGUAGAGUUUGCGAGCGACAAAGAAGUUUUCAAGAUGGAAGUGGAGCCACCAAAAGUCCAACCAGAGGAGACGAAGAAGGAGGUGAAGGAGGCGAAGGAGGCGGAGCAAGUCAAGAGCAAAGUCGAGGAGACGACCAAAGCUGCAGCAAUGUGGGCAGAAGAAAAACAGGAAGUAAAGUCUCAUGUAGCGGAGAAGAAAGAGGAGAGAGAGGACGAGAUUUCACACACUCUGGUCCAAAGUGCGGAGGAGAAGAUGGACGUUGACCACAAGCCUCAAGAGAAGGUUCAGAACAAAACACCAAAUAUUGAGGUCAGCGACGAGAACACGGACACCAACCAAAAGCCUCAAGGAGAAGUUGAAGGAAAACGUCAGGAUGAGACGCCACAGAUGUCCCCACAAACCAAAGUGAAGGAAGAACCCAAGACUCCGGAACCACAGGUCGUGUCCGCCAGGGUCUCUGUCACAGAACCGGCCGAGAAAAAGGCGCCAGAAGCUUCUAAGGUAGAGCCAGAGACGGUUCAAAUUAAGACAGAGGAACCGAUUACCAAGAAAGAGGAACCAGAGACGAAAGUGGAACAAGCGAAGACGGAGGAGGUGAAGAAGGUUGAGGAGAAGCCAGAGCUGGACACACAGGAUAAAGAGACCGCAGAGAAGAAGGAUCAGAAGGAGACUGUGGACAAGGAUCAGAAGGAGACUGUGGACAAGGAUCAGAAGGAGACUGUGGACAAGAAGGAUCAGAAGGAGACUGUGGACAAGGAUCAGAAGGACACUGUGGACAAGAAGGAUCAGAAGGAGACUGUGGACAAGGAUCAGAAGGAGACUGUGGACAAGAAGGAUCAGAAGAAGCCAAAAGCAGAGACCGGGGAUAAGGCGAAGAAGGCCAAACCUGUAAUGAACGGUAGCAACGCCACGCCGAGCAAAGACAAGAUCAAGCCCACUGCCUCCAAACCCGGCAUCACGACCAAAGCACGACCCGCCUCCUCCACAGGGGCCUCCUCCACAGGAGCCUCCACAGCUGCCUCCACAGCCGCUACCAAGAGGCCUGCACUCUCCUCUGCUGCAGACAAGAAGACCCCCUUAGCCAGGGCCCCCGUGGCUGCGAAGGCUCCUGUGACUGCAAAGGCUCCUGUGGCAGCUAAGGCUCCUGUGGCUGCGAAGGUCCCUGCUGCGACCAGGGCCCCUGCUGCAGCCAAACCCACCGCCGCCACUGCUAAGGCCCCUAGCUCCAGACCCCUGAGCGCUGCAGGAGCCUCUGGGCCCAAGAGACCCCUCAGCACUUCCAGCCCACGGCCCACCUCCACGACAGCCAGAGACGUCAAGCCAAAGACGGCGACAGAGAAGCGUCCUACUGCACCAAAAGCCUCUGAUCCAACGGCUGCAGCCAAAACUGGGAUUGCCUCAGCCGGGAGGAGCACCACCACCUCUCGACCCACCUCCACCACCUCCACACGACCCACCUCCUCCACCUCCACACGACCCACCACCUCCUCUGCUCGCCCUGCCUCCUCCACCUCCAGGAAGCCUCUGGCCUCAAAGGCGGAGAGCAAACCGGGAGAGGAGAAGAAGGCCGGGGCGCCGCGGACAGCCACAGAUUCCACUAAAUCCACCUCCUCCACUUCUGCAGCCGCUCGCCUGCGCCUCCCUGCAGCCAAGCCCAGCACGACCUCCUCCACAGCGGGGGAGAAGAAGCCUGCUGCCCCCAGAACGACUCGCCCCACCUCCUCCUCCACCAGCACCACCCGGACCAGCACCACCCGCACCGCCCCGGACCCCAGCAGCACACGCUCCAAAGUGGCCUCCACAGACAUGAGGCACCAGCCGGGAGGAGGGAAGGUGGGUCUGAGGAGGGGAGGAGGGAGGGAGGUCUGA